AUGGCAAACAUGAAUGAUCAACCUAUCAAAGAAAUUAAAGUGAUCGGUGUCGAGAAGCCACAGAAGGGAAAAUUUCAAGAGCAUUUUGUAAGUUAUAUCAUUUGUCACUGUUGACUCUUAUGACUAGGUUAUAUUUCAGUUUUGCCCUUUGUUAAACCCGAGGUUAUUCCUGAUCAUCAUAUACGAAUAUCAGGGUGGCUUGUACUCUUUAUCUAAUUUUCUAUAUAGUAUUGUCGUUCUUACCCUGUUCUAUAUAUAACGAUAUUAUUUCUAUAUUACCCCGUGUUAAGAGAUGAUGUGAUCAGAGUGAUGUGCUAAACUUUUACAAUGUAGCGUUCGUCUGUGUUAUUUUUCUAUUACCCUGUGUUAACGAUGGUGUAUUUCUUAUAUUAACUUAAUAAGUCUUUCUGUAUAUCACCCAGGAGUAUGUGAUUCGAGUGACUUACGAGAAUGGACAUGAACAUCUUAUAUUUCGACGAUACAGCAUGCUGUUUCACUUUCAUGUAAGUAUCAAAUAACAUACCCCUAGUUAUUAUUCAGUGUAAGUAUCAAAUAUAUGCCCCAGUUAUUAUUCAGUGCCUGUCAAUAGUCAACGUGAUGUUGUGUGAUGUAUAUUUGAAGACUUUUAAAACCCAAAACUGUUGCAAAAAGCGAGCAUUCACCAUAUGAUUCUCGUCACAAAAUUGUGUCAAAAUACAAAACAAACACGAGAUUCUGUGUAAGUCAAAACGUCUAUAAACGUAAUUGUCACUAAUACUCGGGAUUAAGCUACGAUAAUACUAUUACAUGGUAUUUCAGCAAGCAUUGCAACAUCGCUCUAUCAUAUUCUGUUUUUUCGUCUGAUAUUUCAUAUUUGUACUACGAAUGUAUGGUCUGUUGAAUUUAUUAUAUGACGUUACACUGAUUGAUGGUAGAUUAGUUAAUAAUGUAUCAAAUAAUGACUAGAUUUGUUACAAGUCGUAUCAUUUAGCUGCAUGCUUGAAUACAGAUUUUUUUUCUCUCUCUCUCUCUCUACGUUCACGAGUUUUCGCUCGUUUUACACCUUACAAAUGUUACAAUGCGAGUUGCGUUACGACAUGUAGAGUGUUCAGAAUACGGUUGAACGAAUAUAUUACAAGAAGAACUUCGACAUUUCAACCAAAGCCAAGGCCCUUCGUCAGAAAGUGAGUGGCCACCAGUGGUGGCUCGGCAUUUUUCAGAAAGUUACAUCAAGACCUAUUGACCCUCGGUUGGACGUUUCCAGCGAAAUUUUUUGAAAAUUUCGUCGAAAUUCGUGAAAUACGUCGAAAUUUUCUUCGUAUUUAUGAGGUAUGCCAGCGCUCUUAUGUCAUAAUGAAUUCUUUUUUCGUUUGUAGUCUGUGCUGAAGGAGGUCGUCAAAGGGAAUUAUAGCAGCGUGAUCAUACUUCCUGAAUUGCCUGGUAAGGGGAAAUAUGGCAACAUUUAUUUUGCUUCACUCCUUCACCACGUGUGUUAGAAGUAAUAUGCAAUUCCAUUAUAGAUUAAUUUUACAACUAGGCAAGGAGAUGCAAAUAAAUCACCACAGCUCGAAAGAGCACACUAAAAUUAGUAAAAUUGCAAAGUUUGGUUAAGAAAUGUUGUAAAAUGCAGAAAAUAUAGCCUUGCAAAGUUUGCAAAUUAUAUAUACUUUUGUAUUGCGUGAGGAAAUUGCUACCAUUUUCGGGCCAAAUGUACAAAAUUUGCGAACUUUGCAAGCCUAUACUUUCCGCAUUUUACAACAUUUUGCAACCAAACUUUGCAAUUUUACUAAUUUUAUUAUGCUCUUUCCGGGAAUAUACUUUUUUGCCAAGAUAAAAAGUUAGUCUAUAUAGACUAUAAUGAGAAUUGUCUGUUGCAAUAAAAUGCUGCAACAAACAAAAACUGAUUUCAAGUCGUGCUAAUAAAAAAAUGUUCGUGCAUAAGUUAGCGUUAUCUGCAUGCUUUAGUCGUUUUCAUUUCUGUAUUUUUUACGCUGUUUUGUUGUGUUUUAUGGUAGUAAUUGCUAGUCAUACAUACGUUUGACGUAUGUGGUUUAAUGAAAACAAUAGCAUGCGGUGGGAAUCGUAUUUGUUUGAAACGAAAACAUCACAGAGUUUGUUAUGCGGGUUCCACAUCAUUUGGCAUCCGAACUUCCGGAUCGAAACUAAAUUCUAGUGCAAAAUUAUUUAAAUAAAAAGUCAAUAAUGACAUUUCUCGUCAAAGAAGUUCUUUGCAUUGAAAUUGAUUAUGGCCCUUAGUAUGUCAGUCACGCGUUCCAGUGGCAGUGAGAACGCGAUAGAUUUUGGUUCAGUCUUCAAACAGUUGGUGUUGGUUUAUCCGGUGAACUUAGACAACAGAAAUAAUAAUAAUAAUUUAUUCAUUUAAAUAAAGCGCAUAUGUUAUAUUAUAUACUCGAAGCGCUGUACAUUAUAAAAAUCUAAAUAUAUUAAGAAUUAAAUAUGCUAUAUAAAACAUGGUAUUGUAUACAAUUAGAAUAUACAUUAAUGUAUGUAUCUAUAAUAAGAAUGAUAAAAUCCAAUAUGGUCUCAAUCUAUAAAGGGUUAUAAGCCUUAUUGAAAAGAAAUGUUUUCAAGCGUUUCUUAAACACCGAAAUGUUUUCACAGUUCCUGACAUCCAGAGGCAGAGAAUUCCAUAAUUGUGGAGCAGCAUGUGCGAAAGCCCGAUCUCCUAGAGUCUUACAGUUUGUUUUCGGGAUGUAUAGUAGACCUUGACCAUCCGUUCGUAAUGUCCAGCGAUCACUUGAUUGUUUUGGAAUAAGCAUUUCAGAGAUAUAGAUAGGGGCAAUGUUAUGAAGAGCCUUGUAAACCAGUAAAGCAAUUUUGAAUUCCACCCGGAAUUUUACCGGUAGCCAGUGAAGUGAUCUCAAAACUGGGGUGAUGUGAGAAAAUCUUGGACAGUGGUAGAUUAGUCUAGCAGCGGCAUUAAGAACUCUCUGCAUUCGCUGGACUUGAUACUGAGGUAUGCCAGCCAACAGAGCAUUACAAUAGUCCACGUGUGAUGUCACGAAAGCAUGUAUCAAAGUUUUCGUUGUAUUAGUAGAUAAAAAUUUUCUAAUUUGUCGUAUUUUAUAAAGUCCUCUGAAUGUUUACUGCACAUCUUGCCUACAUGAACUGACAUUGACAUAUGCUUGUCAAACCAAGAUCCCAAAUUUCGAACACUGUCAACCGGCUUAAUUUGGACCCCACCAAAGAGUAUUUGAAACACUUUUCCUGUGUGACAGGAAAUUAAAGUAAAAGUUUGAACAAAAGUUUCUUUUUGGAGGGUUUCCAUCGGUUAUGAAGUUCAAUUUCAUGUUCUUUGUCGUAAAUUUUUAAAAAUCCUUGAUAUGUUGUUUAUGCUCAUAUGAGGUCAUGUGGAGUGGGUCAUGCUUCAGUUAUCCUAUUGUCCAAAUCCUGCUUAUGCAACCUACGUCAGGCAAUACUAUUUAUUGUUAUGGCGUGUUUUAUAGCAACACAGUGUUUUAUGGAAUGCUGACGCUUAUUUACAUCAAUUCACAUGUUUGGUAAAGUGACAUGCCUAGAUACCUUUGAUUCAGUUGAAAGAAGCGUGAUUACCAAGCAUUAUCUUUGUUUUGUAUAAACCUAGAACAAUCUAUUAUAUCUAUAGCAACCACGCAUAUACAAACUCUUUAGUUGAAGUUACGAAGCAACUUGCAGCAAAAUCUGAUUUCAAUAAAUGUUAAUUGAAAAUGUUUACAAAUAAGUUACCGGACAAUUUACAUUGACAAUUUACUAAUUAACAUUGAAAUCAGAUUUUGUUGCAAGUUUGAGCAAUUUUGUAACUCCUAAUACUUCACGUUAAUUGAGUGGCAGCGGUGUAAACAAUUUUGUCUUGCUGGCGUUGGUGUUUUCUUCCACUUCGAUGCCUGUAAAAAGCUCUUUCCCGUUUGUCUGAAUGAAGGGGUGAAUUGUUCUUCUCGUAAAGAAACGUAGUUUUUUCUCAAAAAACAAAACAAUUAUCACCAUGCAAAUCUUUAAAAAACGUAUUAUAAACGUGUCGUGCAAUUAUUGCAAUACAGUUUAUUUUGUUGUUUAGUUGCAAGAUUUCAGCAUGUCGGUCGCAAGUUUCUGCGUCUUGGCAUGAAUAAGGAGCUGAAACAAAUGACAGAAUUUUGUCAGGUUAGUGCGCAUGUCAUUGGUACAUCACGUGACCAAAUAUAUGCAUGUCACAUCACGUGAUGUAAUAGUUUGUGUCCGUGCCAAACGCAUGUAAAUCGGUUCCACUAUCAUGUAACAAGAUGGAGAAAUUCUUCUUAUUAUAUGUAGUAAUCUUGUAUUGGCUAGCAAAACUAUAUACAUCUAUCUCUAGAAAAUAAUGAAGUUUUUUGUUGAAUUGUGCACCGUGACUUAUUUCAAUACAGCGAAGCGGGAUCAUAAAAACAGCCCCUUAUUCAGCAAAUUGCGCAUGCUGCCGUUGAUCCCUUGGGGUGAGGCAGCACUUUCCUUGCAAUAGUAACUUCUAGUUACAUGUAGUAAUCUUGUAUUUGCUAGCAAAUGAAUAGAAUUAAGAUAUAUAUGGGCUAUUCUCUUACGUACCUCCAAUACUUUCGUGACGAAACCAUUGGGUGCAACAAGCGGCAAAGUAGAACAAGUAGCAUUUAUUUCAGUAAUAAGUUUACGUGGUGUUUCCACAAACAAAAAGUAUUAUGUUUUUAAUAUCGCCAUGCAAACCUACAAAGAACUCAAGCAGCAAAGUCUAGUUAUAAUGUUGGGGUCAGAUGUCAAUUGGGCCGGAAGUCCUGUUCCUUUCCUCAGUCACACUACACAGAAGGCCAUCUCCAAUGUUUUUUGCGUAAGCGCUAUUCGUCAUGAUUCGUCACUCAGCAAGUACCCUAAACAGAAGUAGUCACCCCCCUGGAAAUAUCCAAAAUGGCACUAUGUGAGAGAAAGCCAUGGAAAUUUCCAGGGGAGGGGGGGGGGCUACUUUGUUUAGGGUACUUGUUGAAUGACGAAUCAUGACGAAUAGCGCUUACGCAAAAAGCAAUGGAGAUGGCCUUCUGUGUAGUAUUCUGGGGGGGGGGGGCUACUUUUCGUGGGGGGCUACUUUGUUUAGGGUACUUGUUGAAUGACGAAUCAUGACGAAUAGCGCUUACGCAAAAAGCAAUGGAGAUGGUCUUCUGUGUAGUAUUCUGUGCUCGUGUCCUCUGUUUAUUGUAGAUGAAUGCGUAAUGAUUGUAUUGUGACAAAUGAUUAAAAAAAAGUAUAAACGUUUCUGACGUUGAUCACCAUCUGCUGCCUUAAGCCGGUUCUCCACUUCGCCCGUAUCGUAGCGAAACGUACUGGUGAGCAUGCGCAGAUUGAAAAGAGGUUUAUAAAUCCACGUACUUCCGGGUGUAUUCGCGUGUCAAAAUAAAAAGUUCGUCGCAAGUCAACUUUUUGACGUACGACGGAAGUACUGACCAAUCAACAUUCACGAAAUUUUGAAAUUUAAAAACGUUUUUGAUACGUUUCGGUACGGUGCACUUGAAAUGAAAAACCGGCUUUAUAAGGCUAAGACCCCCGCUACUGACUUCCCGACAAAGGGCCCUUGCUCGAAACGCCUUGUAUUUUCUAGGUAAUUGUAUCCCUAUCAAUCGAGGCCCCUCGAGUUAAGCCCUUUUCGACUUAACUCGAAGAACGAAACACACAACUUGGAAAGUUCGAGUUAAUUUAAGCCCCGAGAAAAAAGAGGGGUUUAACUCGAAGUCAUUAAAAAUAUUCGACGCUCGAGUUAAGCCCCGACAUUUGAGGCAUGUAAAAGAGCAAUGAUUUGAGUCGCCCACAAUCUAGCUGGAAAUAGUUAUCAUACGUCCCGGCUUAAAAUUGCCUACUAGCUUUUAUACCUCUGUGCUUAUUACGAAUAAAUUGACCUUUUACGCGAAAUAAAUCCGCGAGGUCAAUUUAUUCGUUAUAAGCUCAGAGGUAUAAAAGCUUGUCCAAAAUAAUCUGUUACUUAAUGGAACUUGACUGUUCAUACGAGUUGUUCGUGACUAAGGCAAUUUUAAGCCGAGACAUAUGAUAACUAUUUCCAGCUAGAUUGUGGACGACUCGGAUCAUUCUUCUUUUACAUGCCUCAAAUGUCGGGGCUUAACUCGAGCGUCGAAUAUUUUUAAUGGCUUCAUGUUACGGCCACUAUUUGUUGUAUAUUAGUUUCUCAUCCCCGCCCGCAUGCUUUUUAAGAAAAUGGUCUUGUUCGCCAUUAUUGCCAUUUUUGACCAUUAUUAUAAAUUUUGUGAUGUCUUCAAAUUAUAUUUGAAAGAAAGACAAUUAGAAACGUUCCCAAACCAAACGUUUUAGUUAAGAUACGAAAUUGCAUACCAAAACUGCCAGUUUCUCUCGCGUUUACGUAAAAAUUCUACCGGAAAAAAGGGGCAGGGUCGCAGGGAAAAAAACGCGAGACGACUUGGCUACAAAAUUAUUUCUCUAUCCUGUGAUUAUUUCACAUGUGGUCAUGUGGAGCGGUUAGGAAAACAUUUUAUGAAAACAUGGUUUCAGUGGCCCUCACUAAUUUUGUGCUGUUUUACAAUGCUAUAAAUGCUAAAUGCACACUUUUUCAAAGUAAUGUUUACGGAGAGGGGAAAUCCGGCAAAUAAUGGCAUAAUGGUAAUGGCCGCCCACCCGCAUCAACUGUAGGUGAAGCCCCGGAUGAGAAACUAAUAUGCAACAAAAAGUGGCCUAAGCCCCUCUUUUUUCACGGGGCUUAACUCGAACUUAACUCGAAGUUGUGUUUCUUUCUUCGAGUUAAGCCCUUGACGAAAAUGUGUGUGGUUUCGGCGUGGUCGGGAUUAACUCGAAAAGGGCUUAACUCGAAGGGCUUAACUCGAAGGGCUUAACUCGAAGGGCUUAACUCGAAGGGCUUAACUCGAAGAUUACCUACACCCUGUCAAUCCGUAUAUAGCUUGAUACCCACUGUAAUAAUGUAUGACUAGACAAAGAUUUGAGUUUUUGUUGCAUGCCAUAUAUGGCAUGCAACUUGCAUAUAGCUCUAAAUUUCGUGUCGCGGUCGGUGAGCGGUGAGUGGUGAGCGUACCAGUCAUGUGGCAGAUUCGUAAAAUACGACAAAUACCGAGUUUUUCCGACGAGCGUUUUCAUGCCGCUAGAAUGCCGGGUUUUCGUCGAAGAAACGCAAAGAAAUAUUGAUUAUUUGCCGAAAAUUUACAUAAUUGAGCGCUUCAGAAAAAUAAAUCGAGGUAGGUAAAGCUUUACUGUUUUUAGCUUACCUUGUAUUCUGUUAUUUGUUGCGAUUUUGGAGCCGUUGUGCUCGCACUGAUUAGUGAUUAUUUAUCAAUUUUCAAGCGUUUGUAUUGGGCCAUUCCAUGUAAUAUAGGCACCCCCCUAUUGAGGGGUCUGGAUAUCCUAUGGGGGGGGAGGAGGGGGUUUUUACCUUAAAAUUUCCUAGAGGGUAGCUUAAGAAAUUUUCCAAAAAAUAGCAAAAAUUAGGUGUUUUAGUGAUAUCCAAGGGGGGUAAAAACGAUAUCCUAAAGGGGGUAUAAAGAAAUCCAUGGGGUAACUUCCAAAAAUCGCAUCCAAGGGGGUUCUAAAUUUUUUAUAUCCUAAGGGGGUUAUGAAGGGACCCCUCGAUAGGGGGGGGGGGGGCUAUAUUAAAUGGAAUGGUGCAUUUAUAUAUCGUGAAAGACACGAACGCUAUCAAAAUACUCGAUUUUUAUAUACUCAAACUGAAACGGAGCCAUUGUGCUCGCACUGAUUAUAUUGUGUGCAAAGCUUCAAAACUACAGCACAUUUUGUAAAUAACAUGAUAUACAAACAAAAUUUAUACACACUAUUGAAAUUUAAUACAACGAAAUAGCAACCAUUGUGAAGUACGCAUAAGAUUCAACAUGACAUUCGAUGUAGUGUAAAUUAACUCAUUUCUAUCACUCAAACGUCAAAAUGAUAAAUAAUAAUCAUUUUCAAUCUAUUAUAGUAAUUCACCGUUUUCACGUUUUUUUAUACCUUUAAAAAGUUACAAUAAAGCUAAAUCUAAAGGAAAUAACGUUAUUUAGUUAUAAAUUUGAUAAAACCUUGACCUACCCUGUCCUUGUUAUUGUUAUUAUUACCGUCGCUUGCAACUAACUAUUAACGGUCGCUUAUAAAAACAUUGCCUGUAUGCGUGUUUCUGCUGGGGUCUACACCGUAGGCUAAUUCGCGUGAGAAUCUUAAGUUUUCUUAUUUUGGCAUAAUAGCUAUUUUUCAAUAAAUAUAUUGAUAUAUUAAACUUAUUGAAUCAAUAUUUUAGUUUCACGACAGUUGUACCAAAGAUUUAUAUAAGCGCUAUAGCGCAUCGUAAGUUUCAGAUGGUAUGCAACAUGUACGCACUGCGUACCUAUUUUUUACAUCCUUGACCUUUCUCUUUGUUUAGAAAAUCGUUGUUCUUCCAAAGUUCAUUUCUGAGAAAGAUAUUAUUUUGAAAUUUUUUGAUCAACUUGGCACAGAUGUCGCUCACUCUGAGGCUUACCUGGAAGAGUGAGUCCGCCUCUUCUUAAUUUACACGAAAUAUCUGGAAAAUAACCCCAUUAUCUGAGGAUGUGAAUAUUUCUCAUGAAACUCUCAAUUUGUAGAUCUCAAAAAGGAGAACAGAGCAAGGAACAGAACGACAGAGUACCGCGUAAGUUUUACCAAAAUAUUGCGAUGUUUGUGAAUAAAACACUCCAGCGUUGGAGAAAAUUAAUAAAGAGUAAUACCAGUUACAUCGGACCCCCAGAUAUCUGAUGCGUACUGUACGGUCAAGAAGGUAUGAAAUAUUUAUGUUAGGAUGUUAGGGUUUGUAAUCCAAGUGAGAAUAUAUACAUUUUAAGACCUAACCAGGAACGACUGCGAAAAAUGCAGCACAAGGUUCUCUGGUAGGAAUUGAACCUACGGCCCUGCGAUUCCGGUGCAGCGCUCUAUUCCACCAAGUGAAGUGCAAGAAUCUAAGUCAUUCAAGUCCACCUUAUCACAACCCGCACACCCGAUUACCUAUAUAUACAUGAACUUACGGUUACAGCUCAACAGCUGGCCUCUGUAGCUCGGUUAGAGCGCUGCCCCGGAAUCGCAGGGCCGUAGGUUCAAUUCCUACCAGAGGACCUUGUGCUGUAUUUUUCGCAGUCGUUCCUGGUUAGGUCUUAAAAUGUAUAUAUUCUCACUUGGAUUACAAACCUUAACAUCCUAAUAUUAAUUCCACCAAGUGAAGUGCAAGAAUCUAAGUCAUUGAAAUAUUUAUGAUGCUUUGCAGUAGUCCUGCAAGAGGUUGGAUGUAUAUAGAUAGGUUUCACUAUCAUGUCUGAGAUUUUCUAGAUGAAUUUUGUUCCACAUUUUCAUCCGUUUUUAUUAUCGCAUCUACAUUCAGUUGGGCCUAAAAAAAUACCUGUGGAUCCGGUUCCCGACCGAUCCUAUUUUUUCUGCCGACCCUAUUAUUUUUUCAACGCGAUUGACCGUGCAACCCUAUUUUCUCCGGGUGGUUGCGGGCUGCUCAUACAGCGUGGCAAAAUGUCGUCUGUUGUCACACUAAUUAUUGAACCAAUUAAAUUGCCUAAAUUUGUUCAUAGGAAAUAAUAAUUUAGUUAAUAUUGAUGUCGGGACUCUGCUGCAAAUCGCCAAGCAAAAAACCGCCAAAACCAUGAAAAAAAAAUUCAAAAAAAAAUUAUUUUCGACCUACCGACCCUAACCCUAGACCUACCGAUGCCCAAAAUAUUCACUGUUACUAGAGGUGCUCCACCAGCGCUUAUCACAUUGGCAAAGUUGACCAUCUUCUGCCCCAUAAUGCUAACUGAAGCCUCUCUGUAUAUUACUAUUGUAUACUCAUUUCUUCACGUUUGUGUUUGGAUCUUGCUGCUUAUUUAAUCUCGUACAAUUUCAGCUCAAGCUGGUACAGACAGUUGUGGUGAUAUGGGGCAAGAUAAUAUGGACCAAUAUAGAUCUAUAGCAGAGUUUGACGCUGUGGGGACUGGGGAACUGUCUGUUGUGGAAGGAGAAAUUGUCACUGUCAUUGAGAAGAAUACUUCGGGUAAGUGAUGCUUUAUAGAAACUGUCGCGUGGCAUUUAUACACGCAGAUCAUCUGUAUAAGGAUGAAGUACGCCAGUCAGUUUAAUUAAAUGUUUAUUUUCUUUCCAAGGCUGGUGGCUGGUCUCCAACCAAUCAGGCCACACUGGUUUCACUCCAGCGACAUUUCUAGAACCCGUGGAAGAGAAGACGAACACUGGCGAAUGGCAUAUAGUCUCUGGACCUGAUAGUAUGUGUAGCUUUGAACUUUGCUUUUUAUUACUCUACUUUUUAGUAGAUAGUAGUGCAUGUGUCAUUCGUGACUCUGAUUCCUGCAAUUUACAGUUGUCAUAUUGUAAUUUCGCCUCAGUCCCUCUGGCUGCUUCCAGUUUGACUCUACCAAACACCCCGGUUCCCUUCUGUAGGAUCACUUGACCAAUGAGGUAUCUCAUUACUGGACCUCUAUAUAAAACAGUUUAGAACCGGUAUAUAGGGAAUAGUUCUAACCGCACUAUACUAUACACUCAGAUAUGUACACGGCAGUAAAAGACUACGAAGCACAAUGUGAAGAUGAAAUUAGCUUCAGAUUUGGAGAAGAGAUGGAAGUUCUUGCCAUGAGUAAUUUUGGAUGGUGGCAAGUUAGGUAUGAGAAUUGGUAUAAAAUAUUUAACAGUUAUUCUACGAACUCGAGUCGAAUAUGAGCUGAUAGCCGAUGAGGCGCGUAGCGCCGAAUCGGCUAUCGCUCAUAUUCGACGAGAGUGAGUGGAAUAACUGUUUUAUUAUAUACACAAGGUCUGAAUUCACAGACUUUGCUAUUCGGAUAUUUUCAAUAUUUUUCUAUUUUGUUUAUGUUUUUAUCUUCGCUCUUUCGGCCUAUUAUUUUUUCAAAAAUAUAUAUUUUUAACCAUUUUAAAUUUUAAAAAUUUAUUUGCUAACCUGAAAACAAUUCGUGGGAGUUUUUUCAUUGUGUUUUUAAUCCUGUGAAGGCUAUAAAAAGCGACAACUUGCCGUUUUCUCGUUUGCAAAACAUCGUCAAUUCAGUUUGGCCGCCAUUUUGUUUUUCUCUACUAGCAGGAUAUGAGCUAAUAUCCUGCUAGUAGAGAACCAAUCAGAUUGCAGAAUACCUCAUAUCCAGACCUUGUGUAUAUAAUAAAAAAUCAUAUUCAGUAAACACAGCAAUUGAUAAUGACCAACUACAGGAAUGUUGACAUGCUUUCAAAUACAAGACUAGUACAUAUAAUGAAAAGAAUUGACAUUAUUUUCUCACUCUGAUAACUGCAGGUUGAUCACCAUCUGCUGCACGAUAAUGCUUAGUGAAACCCAGCUAUAACAUAGAGAAUAGACAAUUCCUAUUAUAUAGACUAAUUUUAAAACUAGGCAAGGAGAUGCAAAUAAAUCACCACAGCUAAUGUUGUAAAAUAUAGCCUUGCAAAGUUUGCAAAUUUUGUAUGGUACCAAUUUCCGCACGCAAUACAAAAGUACAUUUGGGCCGAAAAUGGUAGCAAUUUCCCAACAUGAACUCCACCUUUGAAUUUACUAUACUGAGUAAAUUCUUAAACACGUCCUAAUUUAUCAUUAUGAUAAAUAGUUUAAAAAAGUUUUAAAAGAGUUUUAAAAAGCAAGAAAAGUUUAAAAAGUUAGAUUUUCAAAAAAGUUUAAAAAGUUAGGGUUAGGGGUUGGGGUUAGGGUUAGUGUUAGGUGCCGCGAAUUUAUUAUUAUGAUAAAUUCAAAAUGUGCCGCGAAUUUAUCAUAAUAAUAAAUUCGGACGUGUUUAAUUAAGAAUUUACUCGUAUAGUAAAUUCAAAGGUGGAGCUCAUGCUGCAAUUUCCACACGCAAUACAAUAGUAUACAAAAUUUGCGCGGAAGUUUGCAAGGCUAUAUUUUCCGCAUUUUACAACAUUUCGCAACGAAACUUUGCAAUUUUAUUCAUUUUAGUGUGCUCUUUCUAGCUGUAGUGAUUUAUUUGCAUCUCCUUGCCUGCAUAGUUUUAAAAUUAGUCUAUAAUGGGAAUUGUCUAUAUUGUUCUAUUGAUUUUUUCUCUCUUAUAGAUGUAACGACCAGGUUGGGCUGUGUCCUGCAUCAAGUCUGACGAUUAGGCUAGCUUCUUCGUAUUAUGAAGUACGAUGGUUAUUUUGCGUUCUUAACACGUGUUCUCAUUGUUGUCGACGUCCUUUAUCUUGUACCUUUAUCUUCCUAGGAUCCGAUGAUCGAGUAUCGGAAAUCAAUUUUAAAAUAUUCUACAAAAGGUUCACAAAGAGAGGCGCCGCCAAGAACGUAAGAUUAAUAUUUCUUGGAAUUGCAGAGUAUUGAUACAUGUGUUUCAGGAAACUGUACAAGCCAGCCGAUGAUCAAUGGACCUAUUCCCUAAUGAACAAAAUUUUGAUCUAGACAAAUCUAGACAGAAAUUUCAUCACAGCUUGAAAGAGCAUCACAAAAUUAGUAAUAUUCCGAAGUUUCGUUGCGAAAUGUUGUAAAAUGUGGAUAAUAUAGCACUGCCGUUUUUCAGUCAUUUUCUAUUACGCACAAUUGAUACCGCUUUCUGAAAAAAAGGUAUAUCAAUUUCCUGUGUGUAUAACACAAAAUGACUGAAAAACCGCACACUUCGCAGGGCUAUAUUAUCCGCAUUUUACAACAUUUCGCAACGAAACUUCGGAUUAUUACUAAUUUUGUGAUGCUCUUUCAAGUUGUGAUGAAAUUUUUGUCUAGACUUGUCUAGAUCAAAAUUUUGUUCAUUAGCCAUUAGUGAUUAGGGAAUAGGUGACACUUAUGAAGCUAUGACAAGUUUUUUGCUUUCUUACACAAGCGCUGUGAUGCAAAAUGUCAGCAAAAAGUUAUACCGAUUUUUGGGUGACCUCUGUGUUGACAGGAUUACAGAAACAUUGCUUAAUUGAGUCAGGUCCCUCAAACAUUUCUUAAAUAUUCUUCAAAACAUGGAAUUUACUAAUUCCUGCUUAUGUGAUUGCAGGGACUAUGAUAGUGUAAACCAUUCUUCAAAAACAUUAUUUUCCUGAUAACUGCAAGUUGACAACCGUCUGAUGCAGAAUACUAGAGACCUUACGAUUUUAGGACGGCAACGCGAUGGCAACGGCUACCAAUACAAUAGAUCAUUGAAAAGAAUUGAGUAAUUACAAUAUAUGAAUAAUUUAGACAUUGUCCCCGCUCUGUUUACAACGCUAAAUCACAGAUUUUCACGUCUUGAUAAAACGGCUGCAUUCCAAGCCGCAACAAGUCCAACUUCAAACUGGGUUCAGGAGAACUCUUCCCAAACAUUAUAAUUCGUAUGAAUUUAAUACAGUAUAAGAAGUUGAAAACAUGGGCUUUAUGUUUGGGAAGAGUUCUACUGAACCGAAUUUUAAGUUGCACUUGUUACGGUUUGAAAUGAAAGACGUGAAAAUCUGUGAUUUGCUGCUGUAAACAGAGCGACGACUAAACUUCCCCGCGACUUUAAUUUUUAUUUCUUUUCAUUGACUCAUUGUAUUGGUUGCCAUCGUCGUCGUGUUGUUAUCCUACAUGCUUAAAGUUCCCUAUUGACUCUUGAAUGACUCGUAUAUUUGUUUAACAGAGGUUCCUCAAAAAGUUGUGACAGUCAGUCAAGUAGCGACGGUAAGAAUACCUUGAUAUGCAUUAUUUAAUGUAUAAUGACGGUAUUGUGAACAUUCAAAGAAACUUUACGAGCUAAAAUAUAUUUCAGGUAGUUUUUAUGGCAAUGCACAACAACCAGAAAGAUUUUGCCCCCCAUACAGGUAAUGGCUAAAGGCAUUCUAGGUUUAUUUUAUACUUUAUAUAAAUUAUAUUCCAAAAUUAUAACAAAGCAAUAACAUGAGGUUGUUUAUCUCUUGUUUUACACAGUUCUGCGAAGUACACGAAAAUUAUUCCGAAACAUUUGAGGUGAGAGAGGCACUUCUUCUUUAAUAACGUUUAACAAACGAAUAGUGUUCACAGCAUCGAUAUCUUAUAUACACUAGAUAGCGCAUCUCUUUUAGUAAAAUUGAAGCCAAGAAUAUUCCAGCGGUUACCCCCAUUUGAAUAGAUGGCGGCCAUGUUGGUAGUUUCCACUCGCUAAUAAACGCUUAAAAAACAACAAUAACUUUCAUCAUUUGAAUAGUUUAAAAAUGUAUUUGGAACAUGUUUAACUUAAUGUUUAAGUUGCCUGUUUAAGAAAUAGAAAACAUACGAGUCUUCUCAUUUCAUGGGAAUAUCCUGCAUGAGCCUCCAAUCACGGCUUCAAUUUUCGAAUUGCAAAAAGAUUAGAUGCACUAUCUAGUGUAUAUAAGAUAUCUAUGUUUCACAGUCGUCGGAACAGGCGCCUUUCACCUCUGGGUUGGAUUCUCGCUACGGACUCAUGUGAAAAGAAUCAGUCAACGCUCUGGCGAAAGUCGUGGGUCUUCUCCGUAUGCUACGGUUUCCUCCCACAGGAAAAGUUGACAGGGUGGGUUAGGAUAAAAACACAGUUGAGAAAGUAAUAUCACAAUUGUUGUAAAGAUAAAAUAGUCUAUAGGCUAACGAUCUAAUACCCACCGGGCACACGACGUUGUUUCAACGUUGAAAUUUGGUAGAAAAAAGGUUGCGACGUCGACAACCUAAUAUCUACGUUGCUCUGACGUUGUUUUGCAAACAUUGGUUCAACAGCAGCCAACAGACGUUGAAUUAACGUUCGUUCAUGGUUAAAUGUACGACGUCGAUUUGUGAACCAAUCUCAACGUUGUUUUAACGUGGAUUCAACGUUGAAUUAUGGUUGACGAGAUUGGCAACCUAAUUUCAACGUUGUUUCAACGUCAACCCAUUUUCAACGUCUAUCCAACGUCUGGAAGGUCUUUUCCAACGUUGAUUCAACGUUGGAUAAACGUCAUUUUGCCCGCUGGGUAGACCUUUCCCCUUUUAAGUGAAAUUUUGAUCUAGACUAGCCUGGACAAAAAUUUCAUCACAGCUUGAAAGAGCAUCACAAAAUUAGUAAUAUUCCGAAGUUUCGUUACGCAUGGGAAAUUGAUAAUCAGUUUGAUCAUCUGAUUGCCAAUUUCCCGUUUGUAAUGCAAAAUGACUGAAAAACGGCAAUCUUCGCAAGGCCAUAUUAUCCGCAUUUUAUAACAUUUCGCAACGAAACUUUGGAAUAUUACUAAUUUUGUGAUGCUCUUUCAAGCUGUGAUGAAAUUUUUGUCCAGACUUGUCUGGAUCAAAAUUUCACUUAAAAGGGGAAAGGUUUAUUAUAGGUAGCCGUAAUACUUGUCAAUGAUGUACAGCGCAUUUGAUCAUAUAUCCGCAUGUAAAUGUGCGCUGCAGAAAUGCUAUCGCAAUUCAGUGACGAUCCACUGAUCAGAAUGUUCCAAAAAUCCCAGGCCAUCUAACCACUCAGGGAUAUUGGUAACGUAUAAUAUUAAGAGGCAAUUUUUUUCAAUGUCACGUAUUUGCAAUGAAAAGUGUUCAAAAUCUAAAAUCUUUUUGGCGUUCCUCUCAAAACUGAUUACUUUGUUUUAGCUUUAGCUACCUUUUUAAAUGCAUCUGCUGGUUGGGAAACAUAAAAUAAUAGUUAAAAAUUGUCAACUAAUAUACAAUUAUCAAUGAUGCUUUAAAAUUGACGCUGCAUAAAUACAGCCACAUAAGCAAAACGUACUGAACUUCAGACAUCAUUUUCUCUUUGGUGUAUCAUCUAAAAUCUCUUUAUUUUAGUAUUAUUUUACAGAUAAAGCACUAAACAUACUUUUUAAGUUUGUUUGCCGAUUGAGAAACGUAUCGAAAAAUAAAAAUUUUGAAUUUAGUCAUAACCUCAAGUGGUAUAUUAUACGCAUUAGUUUUGAGCGCGUGUUACGUAACAUACAAAAAAACUCCUCUUAAUCAAUCUCAUAUUUUUACUUCAGAUAUGAAGAACCAAACAACAACAACAACGACAAGGUACUUUUUACAAAUUUUUUGUCAGUGAGUUCAAACGUUGAACCCUUUAUGUGCCGCACCUCGUCCGCACCGGACGCCGAUGCGCUCAAACUUUAAGCACGAUAAACGCGACCUGAAGCUAUCUUUAAUUGUAGAUAAAUUAUGUCAAUAUUCCUGUCAUAAAGAAUGGAACACCUCACUAUGAAGAAGGUCAGGAAUCUGAGGUAAAGCUAGUCAUCUGCAAUCAGGUGUUAUAUUAUUGUGGGGCAAUUGCUAGAUAGUAUACUUCAAAACUGAUAAGAUUUCCAUUUUUAUAUCAAUUUUUAAAAUAAGUUAGGGUUAGGUUAGGGUUAGGUUGCAUGGGUUAGGGUAAGGGUUAGUAUUAGGGUUAGUAUUAGGGUUAGGGUUCAGUUUUGCGUUAGGAUAGUUUUUUCUACGUUAUAACUGAAAACGGAAACCUUAUUUUGAAGUAUACUAUCUAGCGAUCACCAUUAUUGUGGUGUUUCCUGCUGGUGUUUCAGUAAGAUGGCAGCAGAUGAUGGUCUGCUUCACAUGGAAUGUUGGCAGGAACAAGACGGUUAAGGCCUACACCAUAGAUAUCUUAUAUACACUAGAUAGCGCAUCUCUAUUAGUAAAAUUGAAGAAGAAUAUUCAAGCGGUUACCCCCAUUUGAAUAGAUGGCGGCCAUGUUGGUCGUUCCCACUCGCUAAUAAACGCUUAAAAAUAACAAUAACUUUCAUCAUUUGAAUAGUUUAAAAAUGUAUUUGGAAUAGGUUUUACUUAAUGUUUAAGUUGCCUGUUUAAGAAAUAGAAAACAUACGAAUCUUUUCAUUUCAUGGGAAUAUCCUGAGUCUGCAAUCACGGCUUCAAUUUUUGAAUUGCAGAAUAACUAUAGACCGGACGCGAGUCGGCAACGCGACGCGAAUUUUCAGUUUUCAAAAACAAAUAAAACCGUCAAUGGAUAAAAAUGUUACAUGAUAUGCAUUCCAAAUAGCUAAAAUUGCUUAAAUGGUUCCGAAUAUUUGAAAAACAUUGAAGAAUAUUAAAGUUACUGUAAAUGUCAUUGAAAGCUGAAAAUUCGCGUCGCGUCGCCAAAUUGCGUCCGGUCUGUAUGGGCCUUUAAACUACAUCUCUCACUAGGCAAUUCCAGCUAUAGACUAAAUUUUGAUCUAGGCUAGAAGAACAAAAUUCAUCACCACAGCUAGAAAGAACAUGUUAAAAUGAGUAAAAUUGCAAAGUUUGGCCGCGAAAUGUUGUAAAGUGCGGGAAAUAUAGCCCUGCGAAAUCUGCAAAUUUUGUAUUAAUUUGUAUUACGCGCGGGAAAAUGCACCACAUUUGGGCCGAAAGUGGUGCAUUUUCCCGUGCGUAAUAUACAAUUUAUGGUUUCCGUGUGUGGAUGGCCUGAUCCAAACACGCGGGAAUGUUGCGAGAGUUAAGAAAAGCGCGCGAAAUACGAGCCGAAGGCGAGAGUGAUUUUGCGCGCUUUUCUUAACUCGAGUAACUUUCCCAAGUGUUUGGAUCAGGCCAUCCAAGCACGGAAACCAUAAAGUAAUUGUUUUAUAAAAUAACAACAAAGUUUAAAAUUCCCGCAAAGGCACUUUCAAUUUCCGUGUUUGCAUGGAUGGCCUGAUCCAAACACGGGUUUCGACCAAUCAGAGCACGCGUUAUAUACAUGUUAUUCUAUAAUACAAAAUUUGCAAAUUUCGCAGGGCUAUAUUUUCCGCAUUUUACAACAUUUCGCGGCCAAACUUUGCAAUUUUACUAAUUUUAACAUGCUCUUUCUAGCUGUGGUGAUGGAUUUUCUUCUUUUUGCCUAGAGCAAAAUUAAGUCCAUAGCUCGAAUUAUCCAUUCCAUUUUCGUGUAUUUCUCACAAAAUAAACUAGAACAUAUAACAAAAAAAUGAACAUUAUUUUCUCACUCUGUAACUGCAAGUUGACCACAAUUGAAUAAGCAACCUAAGUUCGAUGUGAAUUAUUUCAGGCUAUAAACGUUCAUGUCCUGCGAAGAGACUAUCAGGAGAACGGUUUCUCUCUUCGUAAAGGCGACACGGUUCAAGUGAUGGCUGUCAUGCCCGAUGGCUGUUUCUGGAAGGUUGCCACAUUAACCCGACCAUUCAAAGAAGGACUGAUACCCUCUGAUCUGCUCUGUCCUGAACUACCUCGACAGAUAGAGGCCAUUACAGUACCUAGCAGUACAGCUGGGAUUGUAGAAUGUACAGUUACGGAUGGCAUAGAACCUUUGAAAGUCUUGCCAAGAUUCACUGCACCUCCUUCAGUACGAAAACCCGUCCCAGCUCCCAGGAGUAACCCGCCCAAGUCACCUACAGGUACGUUCUUAAUGUUCAUUGGUUAAGAUAUGUGUUAUUCCGUAAAGACUACCUUUUAUUAUGUGGACAAUGGUGUUUUAGUGGAAACUAAAACACUCGUAGAACUCAUACGUCACUACAUCCGGGACCAGAUGCGCGUAUUUUCCAUAUUUCACCCCUGCGAGUGACAUACGAAGUUCGAAAAUUUCCUGCCAUUUUCAUUGUUGUUGUUUGGAAAAUACAAAUGGUCUUUGGUUCGUAUAAUAAACAGGACAUUAAACGGUUGCGAGGAGAUAUGGAUUUAUGUUCUCGUGUCAAAAACAAUAUCUCACUCGUGAGAUAUUGUUUUUGCCACUCGAAUAAAAAAUCUAUAUCUUCUCGCAACCGUUUAAUAUCCUCUAUACUAUAUAAUACCUACACUUUUGAGAUAUUUGAGUAGAUGUAUUAUUAAUACAGACACAUCUUACUGUAUUUAAUUUCAGUUUCACCGAAAGGAGUAAAUUCAGUUGUAGCCUUGGUCGACUACAAUCCAGGCCAGACUGACUUACUGUCGUUUCAAAAAGGCGACGUUGGACGUCUGGUAAAGAAGGCGGAGACAGGAUGGUGGUUUAUUGAACUGAAGGGAUUCGAAGGAUGGGUGCCCGUUGUAUACUGGGAAGAAUGCAAGGUAUUGAAAGUGUUUUGUUCAAAGUAUACGACGAUUGCAGUGGUCGUCAACUUUAGAAAUGGCAAUAUAAAUUUUUAUUUUCUCAUUUGAAAGAACUUUUGAAACUAUUUAAUAACUUCUUUUACCGAUUCUUCAUAUCUUGCUUAGUUCUUGAAAUAUUUUGACUUGAAGUAAUGAGAUGUCAGCCAUCUUGGAUAAAUUUUUGAUCUCAUUAACGGUAGUUUUCGUGACGUCACAACAGGGACUAACCGUAUACAAAUAUUCGUUGCUAACAAAAUAUUGAUUUGUAGAUGUUUUAAAGGUUUUGAGUGAUCUUGAUAUUUCCAUUGGAAUACAGAGUAUUAUUUUGAGUGCAAAAUGAUUAGUGGUUGUCUAGAUAGAAAUAUUCCGUGACCCCUGUUGUGACGUAACAUGCAUAUCUACAAAAAUCCAAGAUGGCAGAGAUUUCAUUUCUUUCGAUUAAAAUAUUUGUGGAAGUAAGCAAGAUAUAAAAAACCGGAAAAAGAGUUUUAUACAUGGUUUUAAAUGUUCUUUCAAACGAGAAAAUAAAAAAUAUAUUGCCAUUUCCCUUUAAUUUAAAGGAACACCAAAUUAAACUACACCUCUCAAUAGACAAUUCCCAUUAUAGACUAAUUUUAAAACUAGGCAAGGAGAUGCAAAUAAUUCACUACAGCUAGAAAGGGCAUACUAAAAUUAGUAAAAUUACUAAGUUUGGUUGCGAAAUGUUGUAAAAUGAGGAAAAUAUAGCCUGGCAAAGUUCGCAAACUUUGUAUACUUUUGUAUUGCGUGCGGAAAUUCCUACCACAUUUGGGCCGAAAAUGCUCGCACGCAAUAGAAAAGUAUACAAAAUUUGCGAACUUUGCAAGGCUAUAUUUUUCGCAUUUUACAACAUUUCGCAACCAAACUUAGUAAUUUUACUAACUUUAGUGUGCCCUUUCGAGCUGUGGUGAUUUAUUUGCAUCUCCUCGCCCAGUUUUAAAAUUAGUCUAUAUAAUGGGAAUUGUCUAUUCUAUUUAUUUGCCACCAAAUACGAGACUCUUACAGAGAAUGAAUGAAUUCACAGAAUGAAAUCUCACUCUGACUGCCAUAAUUUAUGUUGCAUUGUUGCUUGAAUCUUGAUUUUAUUUGUUUAAACAGGAAGGUCGUAAUGGAAAAACGCCAGAUAUAUCUUUACUAGGUAGGGAAAAACCUUGCAUUCAUAAUCUUUGAGGUGAAUGUGUUUUUCAUAUUUUAAUAUCAUAAUUCUCGCAGGAUUAGGCAGGCAGUGGUUUUGUGGUAAAAUGUCCAGGGAGCAAUGUGAAGAUCUAUUUGGAAAGGUAAUUAUAUCAAACCAGAGUGUCCAGUAAGGUGCUGACCAGAAAUGUUAAACUGAAUUUGUUGUGCGAUCAAAAUGGUAAUAUCUAUUACUUAUUGCUUAUAUUUUAGCGUGGCAAGCAUUUGGAUUUUAUCAUUAGAGAAAGUGUUCAAAGGGUAAUUUUCUUUGUGAAGAUUUUAUGUUUUUUUUUCACAACUUUUUAUUAAAAAACUUUUUUUGUUGGUAGGUUGGAUCUUAUGCUCUGUCUAUCAAGUUUAACGACAAGUAAGAAUUUGAAAUAAACCAUCUCCCAUUUCUAUUUAUUUGCUUUCACAUACAAAACUACUAUACUUACUACCAACUUUAUAAGAUACCAAUUUUCUAAUAUGAUGCUUGUGAUGUUACUCUGAGCGUAUAUCCAAACCGGGCAAGCUUGAAAAAUAUGCCUGGCCACGCGGUGGGAAUCGAACCUACGACCUUGGAAUACUAGACACCUAUUCUCGUCCCCAGAGCCAUUUUUACUCGGUCACUCUUUGAAAAUUAGGCUCUGGGUAGACGACUAUAAAGGGAGAGGUCGUCUGGGUAGACGACCAAAGGUCGUAGGUUCGAUUCCCACCGUGGCCAGGCAUAUGUUUCAAGAUUGCCCGGUGUGGAUAUACACCUCAGAGUAACAUCACAAGCAUCAUAUUCACCUGAGUACAUUACACCAACACAGAAAAAAUUAAAUUUUCUAAUACAUGUUUAUUUUAUUUUUAGAAUUCAUCAUUUUCCAAUCGAGAAAUCCGCAUCAGGAAAGCUCCAGAUUGGCAAACUAAGUUUUGAUAAACUUUCAGAGAUAGUGACACACUAUAAAAUACAUCCGUUGUUUUAUACUGACAACAGACAACCUGUUUCCGUCGGUAAACCUCUGUCAAGAACGUAG